AAUUUUUGAACAAAAAGAUAUUUUAUGGAAGAGAAUUAUUAAAAUUUAGCUUCUAUAUCAUGUCUGUUGAUCGUGAAAUAUUAGCAGAGAUUCACUUAAACUAUCCCGAUUCUCCAGAGCAUAAAAUAAAUUGCCUAUGUACGAGAGUUUUCUUAAAAAACUCGUAUCCAAUUUACGCAUCUACCUUAGGAACGGAAGAAACCAGUGAGGCUGACGAUGUCUUUAAUGAAAAGGCAGACUUGACAUUCUUUCGAGAUACUAAUAAGUUAAAGAGUUCUCAUGAAAAUGAGAACGAUAAUGACGCAAAUAGUUGCUAUUACAGUGCAUCUCACACGGAACAUACUGACAAUUAUUACAGCACAGAUGAGCAUGAAAACAUCCUGCAUCACACAAAACUCCAUUCGUCCGAUUCAGGUGCUGAUUUGAGUGAAAAGAAUAUGAUUGAAAAGCAUAUGGAAAUAGCUAGCGAUAUAACAGCUAAUAAUGAUCCAGAAAAUGAUGAGGAAGGCUUGAUUGAAGAUCCACCAGUUGAAUAUCAUCACGAGAGAAAUAACAGCUUACCUGAGCUUUUUGGAGAUGAAGCACAUCAGAAUGAUUGGGAAAAAUAUUGGGCUAAGAAUGGCGAGCGACUUAUAUGGCAAACGUGGAUCGAAAAAUACAUUGAUUAUAUCAAUCCUGAGUACUUAGAUAAAAAUAAUAUGCAAUUCUAUGAAAAUACGACGUCAGCAGAUACAAAUAAACAAAAUGAUACUGGCAGUUCUGAACAAGUAUUUUCAUUUGAUGCCAAAGAUAUCGGCAAGUUCAAUGAAAAUAAAGCUGCUCUUGUUUCUGUCGUUCCUGAUGAAUCAUCAAUGGAAAUUGUAAUUUCUCCGCCUGCCAAGCAAACUACCGAAGAUUUAAUCAUUCAGGGAUGGAAUCAAUUAUCCCCAGAUAGUAUUACAAAGCAAGAAGAUUAUCACAAUUAUUCGCAUACACGACACUAUCAACAUCAUCAUCAUCGACAUAAUGAGCAUCAAAAAAACAUCAGUUUUCAUGAAAUAGACAAUCUAUUGAGUCCACGUUGUGAAUCAAUUAAUUCAAGCAUUCCAUUAACAUUAGGCACCUUUACAGAUGAUUCGAUGACAAACGUGACACGAAUGACAUGUUCAAGUUAUGGAUUUGGCAGUAGUCAUGUCACAUCGGACUCAACAUCGUCAGAAGAAGAGGAUGAGCAGGAAGAAAGUAAUACAAUAAGUUCAUUUUCAGAUAGUGAAGGAAGUGAUAAUCAAAUGACAACGAGAGUAGCGAAUGAAUGUGAACGGUUAUUAAUGGAGCAUAAAACUGAACAUGAGCAUAUCCCGCUAGCAUCAGAAGACAAAGAUUCUGAGGAAUAUUGGCAAAUGAAAUGGCAACAGCAUGUACAAGAAAUGUAUGUGAGACAUUUUAAUGAAUUUAUGGAAGCACAUCGUAUUAUUUCAGAUGAAAUGAGCAGUAGCUUUAAAUCUGACUCGGGCUUUUUGCCUGGCGAAAAUGCAGGUUGUUGUGGUAAAUUUAGCAAUAAACGUCGUCGAAAAAAGCAUUCGCUUCAACGUCUCGUAGCCAAUUUAAAUCUAAGAAGUGAUUUGUCAAAAUAUUCACAAAAACAGCCUGAAAAGGAAGUACCCACUGAUGGGGAUGAUAAACAUUGUUGCCAUCAUGAUCCAUCGCAUAGUGACUCGACUGUUAUUGACACAACAGAAGCAUCUUUAAUGGAAUCUAUGGGCUUGCCAACAACAUUUGGGAAAUCUGGAAAAUCAAUGAAAAUUGGCGGUAAUGGAGAUGAUGAGGAACCACCAGAAGACAGGCCAAUAAACUUGAAAAGAAGUCAUGAACUUGAUAUAGAUGAAAAUAAUUCAGAUCAUAUAAAGUCACAGUUUGAAUUGAUGGGAUAUAUUUUUAAUGAUAAUAUUAAUGAUAAUCAAAUUAUUAACGGCGAAGUUGUGUAUCGAAAAAAGCAUGUCCGAUUGCAUACUCGAAUGCUCAAGAUGUUUCCCAAUAAUAAUGCCAUAAAACCAAAGCACACAUAUUUCGAUGACGAUGGAAAUGAAAUAAAUGAGAGUAAUAAUCAGUCGGGAGCUGAUACAUUACAUGCAUCGUCAUCUGACGAAGAAAUGCCAAUUCCAGCAACUCGAUUAAGCGCUUCAAUCGUUCCACAAUUUACAACUCAAUUAUCUAGCGAUGGAAAUGCCAACGAAGAUGAAGGAGAUACUGAGAAUAAGGAAGAAAUUGUGAACAUCAAUUUGUCAAUUGAUCAAGAUUACGACUCGAAUUGUAUUGAUAAAGCAGCGACAUUAAACGAGACACAGUCGUUGAGUAAAAAGGAGAAAAAGAAGAAGCGCAAAGGAAAGUUUCAGAUGAGCAUUCCUCUUGAAAUUGCCAAUGACAAGGUCCUCAAGAAAUAUUGGUACAAGAGAUUCUCACUUUUUCAUCUCUUUGACUUUGGAAUUCGUCUCGAUCGUGAGAGUUGGUUUUCCGUAACGCCAGAGAAGGUUGCAGCAUUUACGGCUGAAAGAUGCAAGAGUGAUAUAAUCAUAGAUGCAUUUUGUGGCGUUGGUGGCAAUUGCAUUCAAUUCGCAAAGACCUGUGAAAAAGUGAUUGCCAUAGACAUAGAUCCGAAAAAGAUUGAAAUGGCACGUCAUAAUGCGAACAUUUACGGUGUGCAGGACAAGAUUGAAUUUAUUGUUGGCAAUUAUUUUAAUUUAGUUGAUAAGCUAAAAGCAGACAUUGUAUUCUUAAGCCCACCGUGGGGAGGUCCUUCUUAUAUGAAGCAUGAUACAAUUUAUGAUUUAGAAGAGUCUCUCUUACCCGUGCCAGCAUCAAAACUUAUGAGUGAAACUCGUAAAAUUACGUCAAAUAUUGCUGUGUACUUACCACGAAACUCUAAUACGAAGCAACUUGCUAUUCUCGCUGGCAAAGGAAAUGCUGUCGAGAUCGAGCAAAACUUUUUGGACAGAAAGCUCGUCGCAAUAACUGCUUAUUACGGAAAUUUGGUUCAAAAUAAUAUCAUGACAUCUCAAAAAUGAUCUUUAAGCAUAAAUUUUCCAUUUUUGCAUACUCGCUUUAUGUAAAUUUUUUUAUUGUUCUUUUUUAUAAACGAUUUGUAUUUGAAUUGAUACAUAAAAGUAGUAGAUGAAAAGCACACACACACAACUAUUUUAAGAGACCGUCGGCUGAGAAGGAUAGAUAAUAAUGAUAAUGGAAAGGAAUGAAUUCAUCAUAAUCUGAUAUAAAUCACUUUUAUUCUGAACUUUCAAUCCUUAAAUGAAAUUUUUUGUAAAUGGAUUUUCAAUUAAAUUAAUUAAAUUCCUAUGAGAAAGUAAGUAAUUAAUUAUUAUUAUUCAUAAUCUUAAUUCGACAAUGAUAAUAAAGUAUAAAAUUAAAAUUUAAUCAGCAUCGGAUCAUGUAUUUUCUUAUUUUUUAUUGUUUAUUAAUCCAUCUCGCCUUCCUCGCUCUCUUCAACCACUCCUCUUAUGUGCAUUACAUUAUUACAUCUGAUCAGCACUUCUCCCAAAUGUCCUGUCUUGUUCCCAUCAAUAUAUUCUUCGGUAUUGGCUAAUUGCAUAUUCAUAUAUCCAUCAACGGAAACUAAAAAUCCUUUAUAUUCAUGUCCCCAUUUUAACUUGAUGAUUACAGGUUUGCCAGUCAACGAGUUCAAGAAUGGUUUUGGAUUUAUUGGCAUCGCCAUCUAUAAAGAAAGUGGAUGAUUUAAUGAUUUUUGAAUGAGGUUAAUGUGCGAUUCAUGUUUAAUUUAUGUUAUUAUGGCUAUUUUUAAUCGUUCC